ACAAAAAAUAACCACAACUUUUAAACAAAUUCAUAUUGUUAUCAUUCUAAACAAUUUCAAGAUCAUGUCGAUAUUAAAUAGGAUUAGAUGGGCACUACCAAAUACAAUCCUUAGUUCCAAGGGAAUGAUAAGCUCUAGUAUCCGUGGACUUUUCUCCGGGCAAGAUUUAGGAAUUACAAGCUAUGAACAAGCUCGUGAAGCUGUCGGGCAUGCCAUUGCAAAUCCAGAGAAAUUCAAAGACAAAUUGAAGACAACACUUGAUGAACCUACUUUGAUAGGACUUGAAUUCUCUUUAAAAAAUUUACUUCACAUCAUGGAAAAUGAUGAAAAGGAUUUUAUGAUUUUGAAAGCUACACUCAAAACGCUGAUUGAUAAGCAAGCAGAUUUUCAUGGUGAAAAGUAUCAUUUUGAUGCUAUUAUAAUGAGAGCAUUUCAUUACUUGAAUAUGCCAAAUGAGGCCAUUGAGUUGUUCGAAGAUAAACUAUUAGGUCAACUCUUCACCAAUAUUACUGGCUAUCAGAUUCUACUGGAUAUGCUCUAUGAGAAUGAAAAAUACGAUGACGUUCUUCGCAUUCACGCAAGUAGAAAAAUGAACGUUCUGUACCAGAAAAAACACAUCAAUGCCAUUAUUUUAGCAACAUAUUAUCGACUGAAUACUCCAGAGGCUUUCAAAGAGUCGUAUGCAAUGUAUACUAAACUAAGUCACAAACAUGAGUUUCGAAAGAGCCGAACAUUUGUAGCCGGAUUAGCUGUUCGGCAACAUCAACCCAAAAUUGCUUUGAACAUUGUUGAAAACGAUGAAUCAAAGCCCACAUUUGUCACGAUACGUCACAUAAAAUUAUUAGCAUGGGCUCAACUGGGACAAUUUGAAAAGAUUACAGAAAUAUUAUGGCGAGUAAUCGGUGAUCAUGAAAAAAAUCCAAAAUUUAAACCAACAACAUCGAUUGAAGUCCUCAAUGAAAUAGAACGUUUGCUACAACUGAAAGGUUCACAAAAGGACACCGAUGACUUCCGUGACGUACGCAAUGAAAUCCAACGUUUGAACUUAGAGACAAAUGAGACUCUUGAUGACAUCCUAUGUGCACCUUUUCCUGCGACUAGAGAGGAAAAAAUUUCUCAUCGGAGAAUAGUGAACCAAUUUAAAUAGACUAAGAAACACUGUAAAAAUAACGUUUUGUUAAAAUUAAAUGAAGCUUACGAGAUCUUGA